AGCUAUUAGGGGCUAUCAGACUCUGUAGGAAGGUUGAUAAUAGGUGGAUUUCCACUGCAGGAACUCAUGGCAGAUAUUUCUACGUGAACUCAGAAUGCACCAAAACAUCAACAAAUAGUACUUACUAAACGUAACUCCAGGUCUAUGGAGGAAGUAGAACGAUAGGGUUGUUAUGUCGGCAUGUAUACUUUUACGUCGUUGACACCAAUGUGGAACAUGGCCUCUGCAAGUUUAACUCAUCAGUUUGGUCUUAAGUCUUGAGCUCAUCAACCUCCUCAGAGUCUUUCUCGUGGUCCCGUUGCUAGUUAAACUCCCACAAUGCUCUCUGCUGCCAACAUGAACUCUCAGUUGUUUGGUUGUAGGUCUGUCCAGGUAUGUCCAGAGACAUUCUGGCGUCCUACGUUUUAAAAAGCGGCCCUUGGAUAUAAUUGUAUUAGCUGAUAAAUUCAUCAUCAGUCACAAAUCUGUAAAGAUAUUUUGGAGGUUUUUCACAGGACAGCGACAACAUUGACGUGGUUUGUGGUUUCCAUCGACUCGCAGCACUGUACAGCUCAAACCAUCACCUCUUUGGAAUCAAAAUCUGCUUCAUCGAAUCUGUUGAGCUGAUUGAAGUCAUUCUCACGGCUUAAAGUGAAAGAAGACGUGGCCGACAUGUCAUGUGCACAUCUUGCAGCGUUAAAUAUUAAAUUGGAAGAGUACAUUUAACCAUGUUGGUCUUGGUAGUUAAAUAUUUCUUUCAGAUGGUUCAACCUCUGCUCUCCAAAAAGGAAAGUGACUGCCUGACGCACACUUUGUUCAUGUUUCCCGAGAUGAACACGAUUAGACAGCGUAGUAUUUGCACGAUAUGCAACAACUUAACAUGAAUUGGAUUCAGUCAAUCUAAUUUGCAGUCCAAAAAAAAACACCUUUAAAAAAAACACAGAGAGCAUUUCUACACAAUUAAAUAGCUUAUUUCAGCAUUAUGGACUCUGUUGGUGCAACUUUAGGUUUUGUGUUGAGUACUUUAUUAGAGGUGAUUCAACUCAAGACAACAGGAUUGAUAGUGUUUGUUUAUGCUGUAUUCAGCUGGUCGAACCUGUUGCUUAAUGCUGAAGCUAAACUAUUUGAUCGUGUGGAAUGGUUUUGCAUUCAUUUUUGUUGAAUGACUGAUAUUUGUUUUUGAGGCACCUUCUCCUUCUUCUUCGUCACUGUCAUCUAUUCCAAUCCUGCCUCUUCUUCCUCCUACCUCCUCCUCCUACCUCCUCAUCAUCAUCCUCCCUCCUCCUCUGCCGGCCGUCGCAGGAUGAUGAAGACGAUCAGCCGCCUCCACAAAGCCAUGAUGGUGCUGGAGUACUUCACCAGCCACUCCUGGGUGUGGAACACCGACAACGUGGCCAUGCUGCUGGCCCAGAUGAGCCCCGAGGACAAGAAGGUUUUUAACUUCGAUGUGCGUCAGCUGCACUGGGCCGAGUACAUGGAGAACUACUGUAUGGGAACCAAGAAAUACGUCCUGAACGAGGAGCUGUCGGGGCUUCCUGCCGCUCGCAAACACCUCAACAAACUGAGGAACAUCCGCUACAGCUUCAACACCGUCCUGGUGGUGCUGAUCUGGCGGGUCUUCAUCGCCAGGUCGCAGAUGGCCAGAAACAUCUGGUACUUUGUGGUGAGCCUCUGCUUCAAGUUCCUCUCCUACUUCAGAGCUUCCUCCACCAUGAGAUAAUGACGAGGCGGCGGCGGCGGCGGGGCGACGGAGGAAAACACUGGUGGCGGAUGACGAGAGGCGACAAGAGGCAGCAGCUGGGCGGCCCGUGUUCAGAGGGCUGAAUGAAACCGUUCACGAGGACGAGCUGGAUCCCACCAAACGCUGCACAUCUGGGAUCUCUCUGCAUUUCAUACAACGAGAUCCGCUCCUUUCUGCUCGUCUGCCCGCAAAACUCAGCUAUGCAUCGGACGCUGCAGCGGUGGUCGGCCGGUCCUCAGCCGGUCCGAGCUUCGUUCUGUUUGUCUGAAUGUUUCUCCGCUGUCACCCGAAACGUUAUCCCUCCUCCUUCAAGUCUGUCGGUUUUAUGGACGUUUUUUUUAAAAAGUCUGCACACCGUGAGCUGGGUUGGUUGGUUUCUGACAUCUGGGUCAGUCCACGUAAAAUCAACCAAAUCUGAGUCAAGUCAGAAUCAGCUGGUUCUUCAUCUACAGUAAUGUUUUUAAUGACGUUUUACCAUCAUGCUGUCAAUGUUUAAUGGACUUUUUCCAACAUUUCUGAGCCUCAGACGAUAAACACAUGACAUUUAGGAGGGAAAAAAAACAAGU